CUUACAGCGCGCAGACGAUAGGCUGACGUGUGAUCCACUAGCAGUGAUUUCCAGCUCCGAACUCACUGGCCAAGGAGAACUCACUAUCCUGCGGCGGUCUGCAGGCUGGGGCGGGGGAAAAAAGUCAAAAUCCUCGGGGAUCGCCGCAGCAGUGACGCAUCUUCAUCCCAGGGAAACUUGAGGAUCAUUGAUCGUAGUUGGCACUGCUUUCUUUGUUUUUGCUGGAAGUCAUUAGUAUAAAUUGGAGGAGCUUCAAUCUGUCGGCACCACUAAAGUUAGAACCUUGGCGCAGGCGCUUGUGUUAGUUCGUCUUACAAAAUAACUAGUUUAUGGUUAGAUACUGCUACGGUUCCAGCAAUAGUCUACCAGUGGUACAAGUCUUUCCGGAAAAAGAUGACGCCCUCCUCAACACGAGGCACCCUUCGUCUGCCCCUUCCUCAGGCCCGGCAGGCCACCGUGCUAUCCCUGGUCCUACUCGCCUGCUUCGUCUACGUCAAUGCCAACUGGUUCUGCUCAGAUGUCUACAGUACCAUGAAUUCCCUCUGUGACGGCUGCUAUGCCGGGUACGACAAGAGAACCAACACUAUUUCUAGAACGACGGAUAAUGAACCUUUUGUGGAACGCAAAACUGCCGUUGAUUUCUUAAAGCGCGGGACGGCCCGGGGAAGCACCCGCCGUGGCAUCGUGGACGAAUGUUGCCACAGACCCUGCUCGGUCAACGAGAUGAUGUUGUACUGCUGCGAACAGAAGCAGCGGGAGUACUACACAUUCGUCGGCUGGCUGAAACGGAGAUAAGAACAGAGGAGACAGACAGAGCGACAUACGACGAACUUGGCCUAAACCACAAUUGAUUUAAUUUUUCCUCGACUAUAUAACGUACGAAAAUGCAAGUAAUUAACUGUGUUGUACACAAGGCCGUGAUCAUAAUGGUUGCGUUGGUGAAUAUCGGCGCCUUUUGAAAUUCUUGAAUUGUAUUAAGUUGCCUUAUAAACUUUCCUCUCAUAUUACAUUUGCCCUUUUGGAACUUGUUAAGUGAAAGUUGUAUUAUAAACAUAUGUUUUUUGGUCCCCAAAAGUUGCAGAAUCUGAUGCAUGUUUCCGUAGAGUGAACUGUAUCAUUUCUUCUUCGGUAAAAGAAAACUUCAAAACUGAAACGAAAACUGACCUGAAGUUGCGAUUGUUGAAUACAUUAUUGAGAGGGAAUUCAGUGUUAAUUGAAUGGUUGUGCAUGUAGUCCUCGCUACAACAAUUAGCACGUGCAAUCAAGUUGGACAUGGACAACAACUGGUUGAUUCGUGACGUCAUUUAUGCCCCCGCACUAUUACUAUAUAGAAAUGUGCAAACGGUCUUUUGUAGGCUUUUUUUCACAAGUCGGCCAUAUUAAAUUGAAAGCGAGGUCAAAUCUUCAUUUUUGCUAAGAAAUGAAAGCAAUGACAUAAUGUUUAAAUUAAUAACCAGUCUGCUCUAAUGAAUAAUUUAUAAUUUGUGAUUAAACAUUCCAUAAAGUUUUAA